AUGGCGGAAGGGGAGGCGCUGCGGGCGGUGAGGCGCUGCCUGGAGGCUUUCCCGGCCGAGGCAAGGGGUGAGCCAGGCGGAAGGGAGGACCUUUGCAUGGCCCUUCGCAGGGGAAGAGAGCGGGGAGGACGAAAUGGGCGGGCGAGGUUAAUCGCCCUCCUCGCGGGCAGCAUUAAUGUUGCUUCCCUGACAGGAUUUCUAUCUCGGAGUGCAGUCGGGUUAUCCGCUGCCGUUUAGGUGUUUGCCCGCAAAAGAAAAGAAAAAAGAAAAAGGCGCGUUGAUUUGCCAUACCUCGCAGAGGUUCAAACCGCACGGCUCCCCUCGAGGUGUCUGCAUUUUCCUACCCCAGCUCUCAAAAGUGAAAUAUUCUGGACCCGAAAAAAUGCACUCACUCGGACCCCCCCCUUACUGUUUUAGGGAUUGUGAGGAAAGCGGGAGCUUAUCCGGGGCAUCCCCUUCCCGUUGCAGGGGCAAGCCUUCAGUAGUCUGGAAAGGGCCAUAAGUGGUCGAGCACAUGUUUUGCACGUGUGUUAGAGCACAUACAGGGCCGGAUUUAGGUUUGAUGAGACCCUAAGCUACUGAAGGUAAUAGGGGCCCAUGAUAAGGAUAAUAACAAGAGAUUAAUAACACAUUAAAACAUUAUACGUCCAGCUGUCCUUUGUCAACAACAAAUUGUCGCUAUUUUUGUGUGUUGAAUAUAUGCUAUAUAGACCUAAUUUAUGGACCUAAUAGGUAUCUAAAGCCAUUUGCACAUAACAAAAUAUGUAUUUUAUCAAAGUAAUUGUUGAACUGAAAUACAAUUAAGGAGAAGUAUAUUAAUAGUGAAAUAAUUAUUAAGCUCUAACUUAAAAUGAUUGAGGGCCCAUUACUUACAUCAUAGGAGCCUACACAACACAAAACACUGUUGCUGUAUGUAGGUUUUAUUUUAUUUGCUUUUUAUCUUCUGUUUUGGAAAUGUACAUCCAGGGUUUUAUUUUCCUUUUAAUUUUUUGGGGGGCCCCCAAGAGAGUGGGGCCCUAAACUAUAGCUUGUUUAGCUUAUACAUAAAUCCGGCCCUGAGCACAUAUGUCAACUUGAAGUUCCUCUCCCAACCCCCAGCCCCUUGGAUAAUUUCAAAUAACUAGCCACAGGUCCCUGCCGAAUGCACACAUGUCAGAAUGUGGCUGGCUUUGGGGUAAGAUGCCCUCAGUGGGGCUUUGUGGCUGAGCAUGCUGCUAUUGCUACUGCUUGCCUCUUCCUCAGAUCUGCACAAGCCAUCCAGAGAAAGGAGACUGCUAGGUAUUCUUGCUCCUUCCACUUCUUCCUCGGACAGCAGGCAUUGGAGAUUGGCAGUAGGUCCCCUACUGGGGCACGGACCUCAGCAAGUGCCCAGUGAUGCCAGUAUUUGAUGCCGGCCUUGUGUGCACAGUACAUUAAACCACAGGAUAUGUUGUGUGUAUCCGUAUGGAAUUUUUUAUUGUGUAUCAUGUGCAGCAGCCUUUAAGUUUGUGGCUAAGCAUGUCCACGGAUUCUUGUAUCUGUUCUUUGAAUGUCUGUACCAAUAUUUUAAGUAAGUCCUAGAUGCCAGGUUCCUAAUUGUUGUAUAUAUCAUAUAAACACAUGCUACCUCUAAUUGCCAAAACAAAUAAACUGAAACUAAGCUGAACAGGUAUCUGCAUGGACAUAAUCAACAAACCUUGCCCAACCCAACAUUUUGAAAAGUGAAGCUUGUUGAGAAAGUCUCAUUUUUGUGACUUAAAAUAAGCUGCAGGCUAAGAGAACUUAAGAGCCCAGGAUCUUCGCUCCAAGCAAAUAAUAAGUUCUAACCAAGAACUUAUUGUUAUUAUUGUUGUUGUUAUUGUUUUCGGCUUAUGAAUCAUGGUUUGUUUGUAGGAAACAAAACCAUGAGUCUGGAUUCAGAUGUAACUCUUAAGCCAAACCCAUGGCUUAGCUGUCAACAGCACGGCAGCAACAGGAGUAGGGGAGGAGUGAAGUGUCCACAAUUUUAGCCCUGUGCAUCAGCUUGUUGUGCAUUCACCUUUAAACCAUAGUUAAGAUUAACUGUGACAUGUGAAUGAGGCCAGUCCUUGAAACGGUAACACGAUCAUUCACGGAAGCGUUUUUUCUUUUGCCUGAACAGAGUUGAGUUUCACAGAUUCUGUGCCAUAUCUUGAUAGCCUUCCAUCCCCCUUGGAGUUCUAUCGGGAAUGGGUUUGCCCAAACAAGCCAUGUAUAAUUCGGAAUGCAGUCAACCAUUGGCCAGCUCUGAAGAAGUGGACAUUAGCUUACCUGAGGUAGGAAUCUGCCUGGCAGGCCCUAGCUUCAAAUAUAAAGUGCACAACAUGGAAAUACUGGAAAUAAAUUUAUUGAUGAUGUUUCUUAAUAAGAGAGUUGCCAGCAAAAACAAAUCCCUCCAUGAAGUCAUCAGCUUCACAGGGGAAAAUUUAGUCAGAACUGUUGUGGCUGUUUUACUAUUUAUGAUUUUUAUUUAUUUAUUGAAUUAGUAUCCUAGUCUUCCUCUUGAAGGAGCUUGGGGAGGCUGUUGUACCUGAGGGAACUGGGACCAGGGGUGGGAAAGUAUUUCCAAUUUCUGGGCACCAAUAUUAAGUCAUUAGACACCAGGAUGACCAAUAAAAGGCAAAGAAAAAAAGAAAAUAAUUCAAAAUCUACAGCUGGACACUUGUGUUCAUUAGGACCAACCAAAAUAUCACAAAAUAGUGAGCAAGCUUUCAAGUUCUACAUAGCUCUUCGUUAGACUUGAUGUUACACAAAGCAAGGGGUUUGAAGGCGGGAUGUGAGGGGCAAAAAAUUAAAGUCCAAAAAUUAGGCUGCAUGUUGUAGCCAUGAGGUCUGUAUUUAGAUUGCAAUUUAUUGCAUAGUGGUGAAUGUCUGAUUUAUUUUGGUGCAGGGAAAUAAUGAACUCCAAGCUGGUGAGUGUGGCAGUAACUCCAAAUGGUUAUGCUGAUGCAGUUUAUCAGGACUGGUUUGUUAUGCCAGAGGAACGACACAUGCCUUUCAGUGCUUUCUUGGACAUUGUAGAGAAAAAAGUAACUUCUCCAGGGGUGUUCUAUGUGCAAAAGCAGUGCUCGAACUUAACUGAAGAAUUCCCUGAACUUAUGGGAGAUGUGGAGCCUGACAUACCAUGGAUGAGUGAGGCCGUUGGUAAAUAUCAAAAGCUUAAUUUUAUCUAUGUGUUGCACAGUCCAUUUAAAUGCAGUGCUUACAACUGAUCCAGCAGUUUCAAGUUAUGCACUUUUCUGCUGUUAUUGGCCGCCUGCCCACCUGAAAAGACGAUGAAUGCUGCAGCAAAAAUUCACAUUCUGGCUUGAAAUACUCUGAAACAUUGCAUAAUUCAUGAAUUUGUAGAGAGAGAUGAAUUGAUGGCUUUGUAAUUGUGCAUGCAAUUUCCAUUCAAAUGCUAAGCUGUACAAAUUGUGAUGUACAGUACUUGUAGAUUAAUAGACUUGGAGGUCUCUGAUCAUUUGUGCUGGAUGGAGGAAGGACGAGGCAAAGGGAAGAAUACUUUCCAUCCCCCACCAGCAGUUGUCACCACAGCAACAGCAUGCCUCCUUAAGAUAAGAAGUUUUCUCUGGGAGCAGUGGGUCCUUUUUGAGACAAGACUAGAAGGUUUCUGCUUAUGUAGGUACCAGAUUCUUGGAUAGGGUACCCUACUCAUACAGGGAUAUUCAUAUGGCAAGGAAGUGCAAAAUCAGGAUGGAAACACAAAUAUCUCAAAAUUUUCAGGCCUGUUCUUUACUGAUAAAAGUAAAUGAGCAUUUAAAUUAAUUUUUUUAAAAAAACAAAUGUCUGCUCUUUAAGGGUGAUCACUAUAUACAUGGGAACUUUGCUUCAGACUCAGCUUCCUAUCUGGGAUGGAAAAACUGAAGCCAGAGUUGAAUUAAUAUAAUUGUCCCCUGCUGCUUUCAUUGUCAUUAUAAACUUGUUCUUUAUUGUGUAGGUGGGCCUUUAGUAGCCUGUCCUUCCAUGUUUCUUAAUAAAGGAUGAUAAUAAACUGAUCUAGCAGAAAGGUCUUAAUCUGGGGAUCUUUCAGCACAAGACAACAGAAAUUAUUUUUCUCAGAUUUAUUACUUCUUUCUUUUUCAUAUAGGAAAGAAGCCUGAUGCUGUUAAUUUCUGGCUGGGAGAAUCUGCUGCAGUGACAUCUUGUAUGUACCAUGAAAUAAAUGUAUUAUUAUUAUUAUUAUUGGCUUUGAGGUCAAGGAUGGGCAAAGAUAUUCCUUUAGAAAACUUGUAUGUGUCUUCUGAACAUCUAGCUAUACUGAAGUUGGCUUUCCUUGAAGUUAGUGUAGACUGAGGUCUAGGGCUUUUUGCACUCUAUAAUCACUGCAUAUCACAUGUUUCCUCCCCACAUGGAGCUUCAUACCACUAGCUUCAGUGCCAAUCUGUCAAUUUGAGAGAUUUUAAGCAGAGUUUGGAAAAUCGAAUGCCUAAAAUUUGGUGCUUGGUGUGUAGAGAAAGGCAAUCGCACCUAGUGCUGGUAUAAAUGCAGAUUCUUACAGCUUUCAUACUGCUGUGAGUAUUUUUAGCACUGACUAUAUUAAGGAUAAAGAAACUAUCCUUUUCCCCCAACCUUUCAUUUCCCCCCUCCAAUCUUAGUACAUAAAGACCAUUAUGAAAACUUGUACUGUGUGAUCUCUGGAGAGAAACAUUUUCUGCUGCAUCCGCCAAGUGAUCGUCCCUUCAUCCCAUAUGGUACGUAUUCUGAGAAGCAGAGGGUGGUGAAGUAAGAUGCAUACUAUUGUUAUUUUGAGAGAAAUUAGAAUUAGGAGGAUGAAUUUAGGCAACAUUUUAAUAUGCAGCAGGGGGUCAGAUUUCCUUUAUAACUGGAGAGGACUGCAUCCCCUUCCAGCAGCUCAUGACAGUGGGUGGAGGAUGGGGGUCAGAAACGUAAGUGGGCAGAGCAAUGAAUAUAAAUUUUCACUUUGUCCAGUAGGCUAGUUUCUUCACACACCAAUCUCUAUCCACUAUCCGGGCAAGCAAGAGGUAUUAUCAGAGUUCAUUCCAGCCAGGAAAAAAGCUGGGUGUGAAGCAAGACCAGUAAAAGAAGUGGCUUGAGGAGAGUUUGACUGUGGCCUAAAGAGAGUCCCAAUGGCCGGAUAGAGAGCUCUGAGGGCCACAUUUGGUCCUUGGGCCUGAGGAUUCCAUGCCUUUGCCCCUUUCUUGAAAAGCAACUGAGGUGGGGGUAACAAUUUAAAUCAUUGUAAUCCAGGAUGAAGUGAUUCUAAUAUUUUGCACUCAGGUUAGUUCACCGUUUAAACCCCCUGCCCAUGACGUUGCUACUAACCAUGGGAGGAUUUAUUUUUUUUAAUGCUUGUUUAAUUUUUCUACAUUGUGGCUAGUAGCAGCAACAAAUAUGUGGGUAUUUUUUAGGAAAGUAAAAACAUAGGGAGGUCCAGUCGUGUUAACAUCUGGAUUGUCUUCAGGUUUUAUAAAAGAUACUAUGCUCAAAGCCAGUUCCCAACAAGUGCCUGGCUAAACUAAAUUCUACCCCUAUAAUUUUAGUCUGUUUUUAAUGCUUAACAUUGACAUUCUCUUUGCCUCUGUUCUAUGCCCUCUUCCAACAGUUUUCAUGCUUCACAUUUCAGAAUUGUAUCCAUCAGCAACCUACCACAUAGCAGAAAACGGGUCAUUUGAAGUUGUGGAUGACAAAGCUGCAGAGAAGGUAAUGGUUUUUGUGUUAAUUACUGUCUGAGGGCAGCUGCUAAGGGGGAAUGAAUGAAUGAAGUGUUGAGGCCUGUUUUGUUUUUUGGGUCGGGCUUCUUCACAGCACACCUCUAUUUGAUUUUUUUGAAUAUUUAUUUACCCCCUUUAUUAAAUCUGGUUAAAAAGGGUAAGAAUGCUGUUGGCAAAUAAGGGUAGAAAUUCCGGAUGUAUGGCAACCCUAGCAAAUCCAUUUUUACAUGCCAGUAUUCCUGUCACUAACCCACCACCACCACCCAAUCUUUAGAUUUUGCUUUAGGCAACAGAUGGGUGCUCUCCAGGGAGAUGGAAAAAAAUGGAAUGUUGGGUUACCUAAUAGUUAGAAGGGAAUACACUGCUAGAUGUUUUUCAAGUAUUUGUUACCAAAUAAGGAAAUUUCUGUAGUAAUACAGCAAUUUCUCUUGUUAAAUAGAGCAUUUCUUUUGUUCCAUAACCUUUCAUCCUCAUAGGUGCCCUGGAUUCCAUUGGAUCCUUUAAAUCCAGAUCUAGAACGAUUUCCAGAAUAUGCCCAGGCAAAGCCUUUGCGGUGCACUGUGAAGUCUGGAGAGAUGUUGUAUCUUCCUUCUCUCUGGUUCCAUCAUGUUCAGCAGUCACAUGGCUGCAUAGCAGGUGAGAGGAGUGUGGCAUGCACAAGCACACCAAAUUUCACAUGUCAUGUUUCUUCUUCAAGAUAGGUUUUGUGGUUCCCUCAGUCUACUAUCAGUUGGAUUUAUUUAUCCCAUUUCCAGCCAGAAUUAGCUAUCUUUACAUAUAGGCUUGGAUCUGGAGAUCUUGUGGGCAAAAUUCUGCUUUGAGGACACUUCUGCUAGUGGAAGGGUGGGGGAGGUGUUGAGCGGGAGAUGAUGCAGGAAGGUGCAAGGGGAAAGGAGAGUCAGCCAAAAUUGCCUCCCAUCAGAAAGACCUCCCAUCUGGAUCAAAGACUGUUCUGUAAAUGGAAUGAGUCUUUGCAUUUGUGGAACGGCAAAUCGGGACCCGAGCUGUAGUGUUUGAUUAGAUGAAGCUUAAAGAGUGUCAAGAUAAUUUGGGACCUCAAUUGGAAAAUUCAAAUCUCUCCCUCCUUUUUUACUAAUCAACAUGGGCCACAAUUCAACAACUUUUGUGUGAACUCAGGUAGAAGUUGCACAAGGGCAUAUUCAUUUCAAAUGGGGCUUGUGCAGAUUCUGUACUGUGGAUCAAAUAUGUGCCUUUGUUUUACUUUCUGUUUCCUUACAAAAUGUCCAAAAUUGUUACUAUAAAAUGCAUCAGCACCACCUUGUGGUGUUGAGCUGAGAAGAGCAUCCCGGCAAUAAUUAAUUGUACUAAUAGGGCCAGUUGUUGAUGUAGAAAAAAAAAAAGAUGAUUAUCCUGCUUUUUAAUUUAUUAACAGAGCCAUUACAUAAAUUUGCACUUCACCAAAACCUCCAUAGGUAUAUUUUUUAGGAUACUGAAUAAAUAAAAUCAAAGUGACUGUUAAAUGUGUUUUGUCUUACCCUGAUCAACUGAAGGUAACUGUCACUAAUUAAUAGACCAGGACUACUAAACAAAAUUCAAAUACAUGAGAAUAAAGUGGAUUACUUAUUCAUUUAUUACUAUAAAGGGGUUUUAAAUGCAAAAGCAUUUAAAGUGUCUGUUAUAUAAACCUGACAUGUUAGGUCAGAGGCUUUUAAAAUGUCCUAUCCUUUGCAGAUUUUUACACAUUAAUCUGCUUAUUAACAACUCCUGCACAUUCACAGAAGAUUUCAGGAUACAUUGUAGGGCAUCUACUCAGUUCAUUUGAGGUAGCCAACACUCCACCUUGGCUCCAGGACAACCAGGAAUGCAAUUGAACACCGAUGUGGAAGGUCAUCAGAUGGUAAACUGAGGCUAAAAUAAUAGCCCAAGGCCACCCAGCAACAGCAUAGCUGCUCAGUGAUUUGAAUCCAUGUCUACUACCAAGCCCCUUGGAUGUCUUAAAAUCUUCUCGGUUGUAUUCUGUAGACCUAUUGAAAUGAAUAAACCUAAGUCAUGUCCAUUAACUUCAAUGGGCCUACUGUGAGUAGGACUAAUCCUGAAUAACACCCUUUAUGAGGAUAAAUUUCUAUGUUAUACAGUGGUACCUCGGGUUAAGUACUUAAUUCGUUCCGGAGGUCCGUUCUUAACCUGAAACUGUUCUUAACCUGAAGCACCCCCUUAUCUAAUGGGGCCUCCUGCUGCUGCUGCACCGCCAGAGAACAAUUUCUGUUCUCAUCCUGAAGCAAAGUUCUUAACCCGAGGUACUAUUUCUGGGUUAGCGGAGUCUGUAACCUGAAGCGUAUGUAACCCGAGGUACCACUGUACUAGCAGUGCAGUAGCCACUGAGGUGAUUUCAGCCAUGCCAGAAAAAUUCCCGUUUUUCAGCUGGUCACAAUAAUAUAGUUAAAAUUGGCUGAAUAGUUUCAUUUUCCAAUGGCUAUCAUAUUGCUACUGUGUAAUGUAUUAAUCAGGUGUGAAGUUCUAUUUCUUAUUGAGAUUGGGGCAAACAAUGGAAAGAUUUGUAGCUUUUGUGUUGAGCUGAAAACUAUCAAAAUGAGUUUUUCCAAAGACAGAUGAUAAGUUAUGUCAUUUUCUUUUUUCUCCCCCUCAGUGAAUUAUUGGUAUGACAUGGAAUAUGAUCUAAAAUACUCUUAUUAUCAGCUGCUGGAUUCUCUCACAAAAGCUAUAGCACGGAAAUCUUAG